AACCAAGAAGAAGCAGGCCUCCCAUGGCGGCCAUGUUCCCAUUCCUCUCUGCGUCUCCAAGUCUCUCUCGCAGUCUACACCAAAACCUUUUGAUGCGGUUUCCUCAAAGCAAAGCCAAACCCAGUGAGCUCCUCUCCCAAGCUCCAACCCACAAAAAUGCUACCGACUCUUCCCUUUCUAUAUCCCAAAUCAUCAAUUCCAAUAAAUAUUUUAUGAAUUUUGACCCUCCACACUUCAUCUCCUUCUUUUAUCCUCCUCCAUUAUUGCUCUCUCCUCCUCUUAAAUUCCCCUUCAUAUUCCUUUGCUCGCGGGAUUGCUUUAUCUUUGAGAAUCUUGCCUUCGAUCAUCGAUAUAGUUAUAUAUAUAUAUGGACUGAGCUACACCUUUCAUGGGAAGUGUGGAGGAUGAAGAACCAGCCUCGAAACGCAUGAAACUAGCCUCUACUGAGUUUAGGGCUCUUUCCAACGGUUCUUCCAAGGACUUAAUGGCUAGACCCCUACCGUCUGAAGGAGACAAUGGCAAGGUUAUUGGAUCCAGAGGAGUGAUUAAAAGAGAUGAGUUCGUGAGAAUAAUUGCUAAUGCAUUGUAUUCUCUCGGUUACAAGAACAGUAGCGCUCGUCUCGAAGAAGAGUCCGGUAUACCGUUGCGUUCUUCGUCUGUAAAUAUAUUUAUGCAGCAAAUUCUUGAUGGAAAUUGGGAUGAAAGCAUUAAAACCUUACAUAAAUUUGGUUUAUCCAAUGAAAACAUGGUUAAAUCUGCUUGUUUUUUGAUAUUAGAACAGAAAUAUUUGGAGCUUUUGGAAAUUGAUAAGGUUAUGGAAGCUUUGAAGACAUUGAGGACUGAGAUUGCUCCACUUUCUAUUAACAUUGAUAGAAUACAUGAACUUUCAUCCUUUGUUAUGUCUCCUUCACGGAGUGGUUUAAUCGGUGAAGAGAAUUCGAGAGGUAAGUCUCGGACGAAAUUGCUCGAGGAAUUGCAGAAACUUCUUCCACCGGCGAUUAUGAUACCUGAAAAUAGGUUGGAAGAUUUAGUCGAACAGGCUCUUUUGUUGCAACGAGACUCUUGUGUUUAUCACAACGCUUCGGAUCAAGAAAUGUCUUUGUAUAUGGAUCAUGAUUGUGGGAAACAUAAGAUACCUUCUCAAACUUUUCAGGUAUUACAAGCACAUAGUGAUGAAGUUUGGUUUUUGCAAUUUUCUCAUAAUGGGAAGUUCUUAGCCUCAUCAUCUAGUGAUCUAUCUGCAAUCAUAUGGGAGGUAAACUCCUAUGGUAAGUUCUCUUUAAAGCAUAAACUAUCCGGCCAUCAGAAACCCGUUUCCUUGAUUUCUUGGAGUCCCGACGAUAAUCAGCUGCUAACGUGUGGGGUGGAGGAGGUUAUUAGGCGGUGGGAUGUUUCGACCGGCAAGUGCCUCCAUGUUUAUGAGAAGGCUGGCUUCGGGAUGCUUUCAUGUGGAUGGUUUCCUGAUGGGAAGUCUAUACUUGCUGGUAUUAAUGACAAGAGUAUCUCCAUGUGGGAUUUAGAUGGCAGAGAGUUGGACUCUUGGAAAGGGCAACGGAUUUCGAAGAUAUCGGAUUUAGAAAUAUCGGAUGACGGGAAGAACAUUAUUACUAUAUGCCGAGAAACCGCAAUUUUGCUUCUCGAUAGGGAGACCAAAACUGAUAGAUGGAUUGAAGAAGAUCAAGCAAUAACUUCUUUUCAGCUGUCCAAAGAUAAUAAAUUCUUGCUGGUUAAUCUUCUGAAUCAAGAAAUCCAUCUAUGGAGCUUAGUUGGUGAACCCAAUCUUGUAUGUAAGUAUACAGGUCAUAAGCGGGCUCGGUUUGUUAUUCGGUCCUGUUUUGGAGGACUCGAGGAAGCUUUUAUUGCAAGUGGCAGUGAGGACUCACGGGUAUAUAUAUGGCACAGAGGAUCCGGGGAGCUGAUCAAAGCGCUGGCUGGUCACUCUGGCUCGGUUAAUUGUGUGAGCUGGAAUCCUACAAACCCGCACAUGCUGGCAUCGGCCAGCGAUGACCAUACAGUUAGAAUUUGGGGCGUGAAGGGACUAAAUGUAGAAUCGAAGAAUGCAUACAGCAACGGCGUCCACUAUUGCAACGGCGGAGCUUAACGAGAAGACGUACCGCUGUCCCUGGUUCUUAUUCUUUUCUUCCCUCUCUGACAGUUUCUCCUGUAAAUACUUACUAUAAUCACUUUUCUAAGUUAAGAUUUAUGCUAAAUGGGAAUCAUGAUGUUUAUUUCUUUAAUGAAUAAGUUAUUUCGAAGGUACUCGUUU